AUGAUCGGUAGUGUAGGCGGCCGACACAUGUCGACCCGGCGACGUGGUUCGUCGCCGAUGGUCCGGCUGGGAAACAACCUUAGCAUGCAACUGGAACCACCCGAAGGCCUAAUCACACCGCGCGUCAGUCCCCGCCGGCGCCGGGCCGUGACAACCAGUGACCACAAGAGCUGUGCUUUAAUACAAACAAGACUGAAACUCGGAGACAUCAUGUUGGCAGCGGCUCAAGAAGCGGCGCUCGCAGGUCAGGGCUCCAACGGGGGCCAAUUUGGGCGCAAAGGAGGCCACUACUUAGCUGAUAAGAUGGGCGGCCCUAGUAGUCAGGGAGGCCAGGCUCCAUCGGGAGGCGGGCCUACGUCGCUUUUUAUCCUCUCCGAGGAUAACAUCAUUAGAAAAUACACACGAUUCAUUAUCGAAUGGCCACCCUUUGAGUAUGCCGUACUGCUGACAAUCAUUGCUAACUGCGUGGUGCUGGCACUCGAGGAACAUCUGCCCCAUGGCGACAAGACUUUGCUCGCCCAGAAACUGGAAAAGACGGAGGCCUACUUUCUGGGUAUCUUCUGCGUGGAAGCCUCGCUGAAGAUCCUCGCUUUGGGAUUCGUUAUGCACAAACACUCCUACCUCAGGAACAUAUGGAACAUUAUGGAUUUUUUCGUCGUAGUCACGGGAUUCAUCACAUUAUUCCCACAAAAGGGGCCGGAAGUAGAUCUGAGAACGUUGAGGGCAAUCCGUGUGUUACGGCCCCUGAAAUUAGUGUCUGGAAUUCCUAGUUUACAAGUAGUUUUAAAAUCUAUCAUCAAAGCCAUGGCACCGUUGCUGCAAAUAGGAUUGUUGGUCUUGUUUGCAAUUGUUAUCUUUGCAAUCAUAGGCUUAGAAUUUUACUCUGGUGCUCUGCAUAGAAGUUGUUAUAGUUUAGAAGAUAUCUCUCAAAUAGUAAAGGAGGGCGAAUUUCCGACGCCAUGCAAUGCGGACAAUGACACGAUAGCACCGACCGGUGCGUACGUGUGCAACAGCAGUGAGAGUACGUGCGUGGAGCAAUGGGAAGGUCCCAACUUUGGAAUAACCAGUUUCGACAAUAUCGGUUUUGCCAUGUUAACCGUGUUCCAGUGUAUUACGAUGGAAGGUUGGACGGCAAUCCUCUACUGGACCAACGACGCACUAGGAUCAACCUUCAACUGGAUCUACUUCGUACCACUGAUAGUGCUGGGGUCAUUCUUCAUGCUCAACCUAGUUCUCGGUGUUCUCAGUGGUGAGUUUGCUAAGGAAAGGGAGAAGGUAGAGAAUAGGCAAGAGUUUCUAAAGCUUCGUCGGCAGCAGCAGCUCGAGAAGGAACUAAAUGGAUACGUCGAGUGGAUCUGUAAAGCCGAGGAAGUAAUCCUGGCAGAAGAGAGAACCACCGAAGAGGAACGCUUGCACAUCAUGGAAGCUCGCAGACGAGCGGCUGCCAAACGGAAAAAGCUGAAAAAUCUUGGAAAAUCCAAAUCUACUGACACCGAGGAGGACGAUCCGGACGACGAUUGUGCCGAUGAUGUUAGUGUCACGAAACGUAAAAAAGGCAGAGGCUACCUCAAGUCCAAGGUUCGAACGCAGGGCAAAUGCAAAGGAUUUUGGAGAGCGGAAAAACGGUUUCGCUUCUGGAUCCGGCACACCGUAAAAACGCAAUGGUUUUACUGGUUCGUCAUAGUGCUGGUGUUCUUUAACACAGUUUGCGUCGCCGUCGAGCACUACGGUCAACCGGACUGGUUAACCCAGUUUCUUUAUGUAGCCGAGUAUGCGUUUCUCGGUCUGUUCAUGAUGGAAAUGUGGAUCAAAAUGUAUGCUCUCGGGCCACGGAUAUAUUUCGAGUCGUCCUUCAAUCGGUUCGAUUGCGUAGUCAUAAGCGGGUCCAUCUUCGAGGUAGUGUGGUCCGCGGUGAAGGGCGGCUCUUUCGGUUUGUCGGUGCUGAGAGCCUUACGACUGCUUAGGAUAUUUAAGGUUACAAAAUACUGGUCAUCACUGCGCAACUUGGUGAUAUCGUUACUCAACUCGAUGAGAUCCAUCAUUUCCCUGUUGUUCCUACUCUUCCUGUUCAUACUUAUCUUCGCACUGCUGGGCAUGCAACUGUUCGGAGGACAGUUCAAUUUGCCGGACGGAACACCGCCAACAAAUUUCAACACUUUUCCGAUCGCACUGCUGACGGUGUUCCAAAUCUUGACCGGAGAGGACUGGAACGAAGUAAUGUACCAGGGUAUCGAAUCUCAGGGAGGCCACAAGAAGGGUAUGAUCUACUCGCUGUAUUUCAUUAUCCUGGUGCUGUUCGGUAACUACACACUGCUAAAUGUGUUCUUGGCUAUCGCCGUUGAUAAUUUGGCUAACGCACAAGAGCUAACUGCCGCCGAGGAGGAACAGAUGGAGGAGAACAAGGAAAAGCAGCAGAUGGAACUGGACAAGGAAAUGGAAGCUUUGCAUCUGCAGACCGACGGGUCGCCGCCGCGGGUAGAGGUUUCGUCACCUUCGCCGUCCCGAGGGAACGGUAGCAAGUCGAAUAAGAAAGAAGAAGAUGAAAAAGAAGAAGACGACGAUGAUAUUCCGGACGGGCCCAAACCAAUGCUGCCGUACUCGUCGAUGUUUGUACUUUCGCCAACAAAUCCAAUACGUUGUGCCGCACAUUGGGUGGUUAAUUUACGCUAUUUUGAUUUCUUCAUCAUGGUCGUCAUCUCACUGUCAUCGAUUGCCUUAGCUGCGGAAGAUCCGGUGGACGAAGAGUCCGAGCGAAAUAGGAUUCUGAACUUUUUCGAUUACGCGUUCACCGGAGUGUUUACGAUCGAGAUGUUGCUGAAAGUAGUGGACCUGGGUGUUAUUCUCCAUCCGGGAAGCUACCUGCGUGAAUUCUGGAACAUUAUGGAUGCCGUGGUCGUCAUCUGUGCGGCCGUCAGCUUCGGUUUUGAUAUGACGGGUAGCAGCGCUGGUCAAAAUUUGUCCACAAUCAAAUCGCUUCGGGUACUGCGAGUGUUGCGUCCACUGAAAACAAUCAAACGAGUUCCGAAGCUAAAAGCGGUCUUCGAUUGUGUCGUCAAUUCGCUUAAAAACGUCACCAACAUCCUAAUCGUGUACAUUCUGUUUCAUUUCAUCUUUGCUGUCAUCGCAGUGCAGUUAUUCAACGGCAAGUUCUUCUACUGCACCGAUGACAGCAAACACACCAGCGAGGAGUGCAAAGGUUCGUUCUUCGUGUAUGAUGGUACUGACCAGCUGCCGAGACGGGAGGUUCGGGAGUGGAGAACGCAGAGCUUUCACUACGAUAACGUGGCGACUGCCAUGCUGACACUGUUUGCUGUGCAAACCGGUGAAGGUUGGCCUCAGGUACUACAAAACUCGAUGGCCGCUACCUACGAAGACAAGGGUCCAAUCCAAAAUUUCCGAAUAGAAAUGUCCAUAUUCUAUAUAGUAUAUUUCAUAGUGUUUCCAUUCUUCUUCGUUAACAUAUUCGUGGCCUUGAUUAUCAUUACAUUUCAAGAGCAAGGUGAAGCCGAACUGCAGGACGGAGAAAUAGAUAAAAAUCAGAAAUCGUGCAUAGAUUUUACGAUAGGUGCUAGACCGUUAGAACGAUAUAUGCCAAACAAACUUAAUAGUUUUAAAUACAAAGUCUGGCGCAUAGUCGUUUCCACGCCAUUCGAAUAUUUUAUAAUGAUGUUGAUCGUGUUCAAUACGUUACUACUAAUGAUGAAGUAUCACAAUCAAGGAAAAGAGUUUGAGAAAUCGUUAAAGUAUCUCAACAUGGGAUUUACCGGGAUGUUUAGUGUUGAGACGAUACUUAAAAUUAUCGGAUUUGGCGUAAAGUUUCACGAUGCGCCACCGACACUGAUUGACAUACUGAGCUUCAUGAAUUUGGUAUUCACAUUCUUCUUUUUACUGGAGACUAUAAUGAAACUAAUCGCAUUCGGAUGUAAGAACUUUUUCAAAGAUCCUUGGAAUAUAUUCGAUUUUAUAACAGUUAUUGGAAGUAUUAUCGACGCAUUAGUUUUAGAAUUAGGGGAAAACUCAUUCAACGUUGGAUUUUUAAGACUGUUUCGUGCUGCACGAUUAAUCAAACUACUUCGACAAGGUUAUACAAUACGAAUAUUACUUUGGACCUUUGUUCAAUCAUUCAAAGCACUGCCAUAUGUCUGUUUGCUGAUUGCCAUGCUAUUUUUUAUCUACGCAAUUAUUGGCAUGCAGGUGUUUGGGAAUAUUGAACUAGAGCCUGAAUCAGCUAUCACUAGACACAACAACUUCCGUUCCUUUGUCCAAGGACUGAUGCUACUGUUCAGAUGUGCAACGGGCGAGUCGUGGCCGAACAUUAUGCUGGCAUGUCUCAAGGGGCGACCGUGUGACCCGAGGGCAGGCAAGACCAAUGAAACCUGCGGAUCGACGAUGGCCUAUGCGUACUUCGUGUCGUUCAUCUUCUUCUGUUCGUUUCUUAUGCUGAAUUUGUUCGUUGCUGUCAUUAUGGACAACUUUGACUAUCUGACACGUGAUUCCAGUAUUCUCGGAGCCCAUCAUCUGGACGAAUUUGUACGGAUAUGGGCCGAGUACGAUCCAAAUGCUACGGGUAAAAUACUCUAUACAGAAAUGUAUGACAUGUUGAAAAACAUGGAUCCUCCUUUGGGAUUUGGUAACAAAUGUCCCAACCGACUCGCCUACAAAAAGCUCAUCCGCAUGAACAUGCCACUGGACGCGGAGGGAAAGGUCGGAUUUACUACGACCCUCUUUGCGCUGAUCCGGGAAAACCUCAACAUCAAAAUGAGAACUGCCGAAGAAAUGGACCAAGCGGACCAGGAACUGCGACAUACGAUCAGCCAUAUCUGGCCACUGCAAGCGAAGAAGAUGUUGGAUCUGUUGGUGCCCCGAAAGGAAGAACUGAACACCGGCAAGCUGUCGGUGGGCAAAAUCUACGCCGGGCUGCUCAUUUUGGAGUCCUGGCGGAAUACGAAAUUCGGUCAGAUUGAGUCGGAUCUGCCGGAGCUACAGGAUGUUUCCCGGCAGCCGUCGCUGGAAUCCCUGACGGGAGCUGAUGAUGGUCAUCUACGCCCGGGCCACGUAUUCCAGAACGGGCAUCGAAGGUCACCUAGUUUGAGGAGAGAAUCACCGCUAGUAAGAACACCGAGCCCGAGACGGCGACAUCACCAUCAUGAUAUAGGCUUCUCAGACACGGUAUCGAACGUCGUCGAAAUCCAAAAGGAAGAGCAGAGACGCGGUAGGCAUCAUUUCGGCUACGCUCACAGGCACAAUCGAGGUUCCUGGUCAGCAUCAACCAGCCCCGCCCGUUCGCCAUCACCCAGUCGUUUUGGUGUACAUAGUAGUGCCCAGCAUCGUAGUAGAAAAGAUCGUCCCAAAAACCAUCCGGCCCACCAAACGUACGACACGACGAUCCUCUGCGAGCGGUCUCGAUCGCCGAGUCCUGCCAGUUUGCUCCAAGAGCUGCGGGACCGGGAUCAUGCGCGGCGGAAGUAUAGGAAUGGAAUGGGUCCACCAGGACACGUACAACACAGUUAUCCCGUGCUGGUAACUCGAAGGCAGGGCCAGGGUCGAAGAUUGCCACCAACACCGUGCAAACCAUCGACGCUGCAGCUAAAACAAACCAACAUUAACUUUCCCAAGCUGAAUGCUAGCCCAACUCACACAUUGCACUCAACUCACACGACGCCACACAGUGUUCACUCAAUGCCUCAACCGCGGGAGUUCCUGCGGGAACGGGAGCGAGAUCGCGACCGGGAUCUGUACUAUCGAGAGCGUGACCGGGAACGAGAUCGGGAGCGUUAUCGCACUAGCCGCGAGCGGGAUUCGCGCGAUUCUCGGGACUACGGUCAGGUGCAUUACGAGUUCCGGGAUCGCGAACGGGAGCUGUACGAACGCGAACGGGAGAUUGAGCGGGAAUUCGAACGAGAGUACGAGCGCAUGGAGCACCACGUGCCCCUCUCGUAUGAGCAGGCGCUGGCGAUGGGUCGAACCGGCGGCCGCGUUCUUCCAUCACCGAUACUGAACGGCUACAAACCGAAGGGCGGUCUCCACUCGUCCCGCCAUUCGGACUCGGACGACGAGGAUUGGUGCUAGCACAGGGUGAGACGGCGACAGUGCGAACGCAAACGCAGGGAACAGAUAUGGGUGUGAUGCAACAAUUAGCAUGUAUGUUACUGGUGAACUUAACGUGUACACGCCCCCUUGAAACAAAACUCGAAAAACGUCGGAACAUUUCCUUGUAACUGGGUGUCGCCGGUCGACUUCGGCGAAUGGUUGAAGAUUUCCAAGGAAGAAUGUUUCGAAAUAAAGCUUUACAACCCACCAGGACCAAGAAGAAAAAUAAAAGUUGGGCUUUAGAAGGUCCUAUCGAUUAGCGUAUAUGACAAGGACGAUUUUUCACUGAUCGAUCGGUGGUCCCAUUACCGGUAACAGUGGGACAGUCCGUGUGAUGCCAAACAAUAUGAAAUUCGUGCGCUAUCAUCAACGAUAUUUGGUAGUGCUUGACGUUAGAUUUCUUUAAUUUUUUGAGUAAGGCCUUAGUUAAAACGAGUUCAAAAAUCAACACUUUUCGCUAUGCGAACCAGAACGGAGAAUACGAGAAACUCUGCUUAAUCGUUACUGAAAUUAAGAGAAUAAGAACAAACUAAACCUGCCUUUAAAGCCACAAAAAUAAAAAAAAACAAAUGUAGAAUGGUCGAAUAAUCACAAAGAGUUAUUAUACUACUACAAGUUUACCACUGCGCGAAGGUAAACUGUAACACUAACGUUGAGAAAAGAGUCCUCUAUAGAGUUACUGGUUUUCAAGUGUUUCAUAUUUCUAAAUAGCAAAAGCGAAAACGUUUUGUAAAUACGACAAAAUGAGUCACAAUAGAGUAGCCUAGUUUAAUACCUAACUACCACUUGAAGUGUGCACCAGUGGCUGAGGUGUAGAUUUCAUAAAUUGAUAACUUUUACUUUCGUUAGGUUUUAUUGUACUCUACAAACCUAAACUCUUUUACUCCUUAUUAUUUUUUUAAUAUUGCCUUUCAUUAAGUAAUCAAAAUUCAACUUUCUCCGAAAGUA